CGGAAAACCAAAAUAUUUCCGUUAGUUCGUUUCCUGAAGAGACUCUGACCCAAUCGGAUCCUUUAUCAGGCAUCUCUUUACUCGAUAUUAGCUCGCUGUCCAGAGGAUGCUCCCGACAACGCCAGUUGCAGCGGAACCAACCAUCUCUGGGCGCUCACAAGAGCACAAGAGCUGCUCAGGCGGCUGUGCCGAGGCUGUUUUUACCCCAGAAGUCAGCAGAAUCGUCAUCGCAUUGAACCUAAAGAUAAGAUCGAUACUGCGAGUAAACAGAAGCAUAGUAGAGGGUUGAAUAUAAUAAUGAGAUAUGGAGCUCCCACCGCUAGGGUAUAAGCUUUUGGUCUUUCUCCAGCCUCAGUGCAUCAAACAGCUCUUUUCCCGGCAACUAGUUACUCCGUAUGCUCUAGCCGGUUGUUGCGCCGAGGUCCGAUAGCCCCUAGUUACAAGUUACGGGCGUAUAACUACGUCUAGAUUCCCCCACACCUGUAUCAUAACUGUACGUCAACGUUUCGGAGUCCAAGCAAACUGAAAGAGACGGUCCAAAUGUCUUCCCUUCGUUCCGGUGGUUAAAGCUCGACAAUUAUCUUGCCCAUCAAACUGUCACAUCUCAGGGCUCCUCGGUUCACCCACGUGAACAGACAACCAACAUUGCAUUGGAACCCGCAUCAAAUCGCUAGAUACAGCUUUCUUCUUCUCUCUAAAUCUUCAUCUCCAGCAUGUCUCUCCCCAAGUCUGCAUACGUCAGUGAGGUGUGGAAGGAUGGAAUCUUUGAUAACAAAGUUGUAUUCUGUACCGGCGGUGCCGGUACCAUUUGCAGCGCCCAGGUGCGCGCAAUGGUACAUCUAGGCGCCAACGCAUUCAUUCUCGGGCGGAAUGUCGAGAAAACUGAGGGAAUGGCCAAGGACAUUGCUACAGCACGCCCUGGAGCAAAGGUUAUUGGACAAGGCGGUGUUGACGUCCGGAGCUUUGAUAGCCUGAAAAGUGCCGCUGAGCGCUGUGUGAAGGAGUUGGGCGCAAUCGACUUCGUUAUUGCUGGCGCAGCUGGGAACUUCCUUGCCUCAAUCGAUCAGCUUUCAGUCAACGCCUUCAAAUCCGUCAUGGACAUCGAUGUCUUGGGAUCGUAUAAUACUCUCAAAGCCACCCUCCCUUACCUCCUCGAAUCCGCUGAAAAACACAAGUCGGACGGAGUUACUCCCUCUCCUACGGGCACAGGCGGACGCAUUAUUUUCGUCAGUGCAACAAUUCACUAUACCGGAAUCCCGCUGCAGACACAUGUCGCCGUUGCCAAAGCCGGAGUAGACUCGCUGUCGAAUAACGUGGCAAUCGAGUAUGGCCCGCGGGGCAUCAAUUCUAACAUAAUAUCACCCGGACCGAUCGGAGGCACAGAGGGUAUGCAACGUCUCUCUCGCAUGCAGGAUGCAAAGAGCCAGAUGAGUGGAAUCCCGUCAGGGAGAUGGGGCACCGUUAAAGAAAUCGCAGAUGCCACCAUCUACCUCUUCUCAGAUGCUGGAAACUAUGUCAAUGGCGCAAAUGUCGUCGUGGACGGUUCUGCCUGGCGUUUCCAGAACCAGGCCAGCAAGGCCGGCUUCGAAUAUCCGGACUUCCUCCUUUCCGGCCAAGAGGUGACGGGUGUGGCAGGAUUGAAGAAAUCGAAGUCGAGUCUUUAAAAUGCUGUAUGGAUGUAUAAAUGUUAAUAUGAGUCUGAAUUAAAUUGGAUGCUAGGGAUGAAUUAGAUAUCCACAUUGUUGGUCCCUUUACUAGUUAUUUCUAUUUCCUAUAUUUUUGUUGUGCCUAAGCAUUCAGUACGGAGUAGUUAAUAUGUGUAUAUUUUUUGCUCACGGCACUCAGUUGGAUUUGAGAUGGGAUUCUGUUAAUCGGUGCGUGGCCGGUUUCCACCUUAUCCUAUAUCUUUAGCCUCUUGAAGAUAAAAAAGAUAAAAUAUUGAUAAAAUAUA